GAGUACAUGUAGCCACUCUUGAACGGCGCCUUGCGAGAAGUUGUGGGAGUGGUUCAACCGAAGUGAACAGAGCCCUAAGACGGAGUUGCGAAUCUUCAUCAAGCUCGGACCUUGAUGGCUCCAGUCUCGAUAGCCCUCAAGGGACCUUGUCUGUUGCUACGGACUACUUCACCUCUUUCUCUGACGCGGAUUUGACCAACCAGGCAAGAUCGGAUGUCCCGACUCAGACACCCGGUUCUGUAAAUUUCACCCCACUGCCUAUUGUCGCCGAGGAUGCCUUCAACUACACGGGCGUACUUCCGACCUUGGCGGCCUCGGCGAUUGAGACUUUCCGGGAGAUUGAGCCAUUGAUGAGAGCUGAUCUCGACCAACUCUACUUCGACCGAGUUCACUCCUUCACGCCCUUCUUACACCAGUCCUCGUACAUACGCAUAUCGAAGCACUUGGAGAAGAGGCGAGAAAUGAACACCCGCGCUAUUUCGGACGGAACUAAACUCUCACAUAAAUGUCUACAGUACGCAAUGUGGGCCAUGGCAUCUUCACUAUCCUCGCAGUUCCAACACUUGCGGGAUACCAUGUAUCGCGAAGCCCUCGACAGGUUCAGGAACCUGGACUCACCUGGCGGUCCAGUGGAGAAAGAAGAGGGUCUGCUCAAGCAGGCCCAGGCGUGGAUUCUCAUAUCGAUGUAUGAGCUGAUGGCGGUCGGUUUUCACCGCGCAUGGGUGAGUGCGGGGCGAGCCGUACGCUUGAUACAGCUCCUACGCCUGAGCAGUAUUGAUAAAAGUUGCGACAAAGCCUCAGGAUCAACCGAGGACUCGGAUUUAUUUGUUGAGAAAGAGGAGAAAAGGAGGACAUUAUGGAUGGCAUUUUGUCUAGAUGCUGUUAUCUGCUUGGUUCAUGAUCUACCCCGGACGUUCACUGAAUCUGAGAUAUAUACUCGGCUUCCCUGCUCUGAAGACGCAUUCCAAAGCCGCACGCCCACCAUCUCUCUCUUUCUCUCAGAAGCCAUGGAGCUACAGACAGCAGCAAAGCAACACCCGUUCUUGGAAUUAAUUCUAUCCAUCUCAGUGUCCGAGCAGAUUCGAUUCCACAUGAAUCGAUCCAAGAUUGGGCAUGAAAACGGGACGACGCCUGCCCAAUUUUGGGAGCGCCACAUGUUUGUGGACUCCGUCCUGACGCGGCAGAUUUCCCGUCUGCAGGGUCUCCCCGUAUCUCACCGCGCUGGAUCCAUGACAUUACUUGCUAGGAUAGUGGCACAAGUCGCGUCACUAUCGCUUCUAGAAGUGGCCACGGCGAUGUCGGAUACCACUGCAGAGUACGAUCAUCUCGUCGAUGGCUGUGAGGAAAGAGCUGUAGUAGCAGCUAGAGAGAUGACGCGCUUGUCGAAUAUUUUACUAUCCGAUUUCAACAUAUGCCAGAUCCACCCAUUUACACCAGCGCCAUUUCAUUUAGGCCGGGAAGCUCUGGUCAGGUUUCAAGAACGUGGCAUGGCGUUAGAAGAUGAGGCCAAGACGAUGGAUGAAGCUUUGGAAGAGUUGAAGAUUGCAAAUGCAUUUUGCCAAGGUAUCCCGAAGCCAGAGCCGCCUCGGUUUGGAUAUGAGGAUGCCUUGGCGACGCCUGACUCUCUCAUGGACUUGUUGAUUGAGGAGCCGAGUAUGGGGGACUGAACAUCCCCUGGAUCGUACACGUGUGGUGGAUUGAGAUGUUGGUCUUUUCUGAGCGUGUGUAAAAUCUAUCACAGUCGUGGUUAGAAAAUUACUUCAGCUGUAUCUCAGUUGAGUUUCGGAGGUUCUUCAGAUACACAGUGAAUUUUUCAGUGAUUGAAGUCAUUACUUACAAG